CAUAUAAAGACAUUGGGAGCUCUUAACUCUUAACAGAAUUACAGUUUAGUUCAGUGUAAGAAUGAGUGCUCGCAAAGAAAACCUCCUGCUGCUGUUCGACAGGCCACAAGAGCCUGUUUUCAUUGCAAAGGGCUCAAAAAAGGCUGUUUUCGACGUUCCUCGAGAAUAUCUGCGUGACAGAUACAAGCCCAUUGGCCUCCAAAUUCUUAACCGUUUCGGUAGUGAAGCUGGCAUGAAAAUUCCAGUUAAGAAGAUAUCCAUACCGGAUCUGGGGGAGAUUUUAGACUUGGACAGACACGAGAACUUCACCCUGUUCAUCCCCAAACAUCGUAUAAUUGCAGGAAGGCUUAUUGACCUGUUCUUAGGCAUGAAAAGCAUUGCUGACCUACAAUCCCUCGCCGUUUACACCAGAGAUCGUGUCAACCCUUACCUGUUCAACUAUGCCUUGUCCGUUGCUCUGUUGCACAGGCCAGACACCCAAGAUUUAGACGUGCCAUCCUUCAUUACAUCGUUCCCUGACAAGUAUUUCGAUAGUAAAGUCUUUAAUAGAGCUAGGGAAGAAGCUGAGGUUGUUCCUGAGGGGUCCAGGACACCUAUAGAAAUUCCAAUUGAUUAUACAGCUUCUAAUUUGGAAGAGGAGCAUCGCAUUGCUUACUGGAGGGAGGAUAUUGGUAUUAAUCUCCAUCAUUGGCACUGGCACUUGGUGUAUCCCUUUUUUGCUGCCAGACAAGUUGUUGCCAAAAACAGAAGGGGUGAACUGUUUUAUUAUAUGCACGAACAAAUACUAGCAAGGUACAACUUUGAACGUCUUUGCAAUAAUUUGAAGCUUGUGGAGAGAUACAUUGAUUGGCACUCACCAAUCAAGGAAGCCUAUUUUCCAAAGUUGGAUAGUUUAGUUGCUAGCAGAGCUUGGCCAGCCCGAGUCCAAAAUCAAGUACUGACUAAUCUCAGGAGGAUUCCUGACGGAAUUAUCGUUGAUGUUGAUGAUCUAAUUAGAUGGAGGGAUCGUAUUUUGGACGCCAUACAUUCUGGAGUUGUCAGAACUGACCAGGGACAAAACAUCCAACUGACGGAAUUCGAAGGAAUAGAUAUUUUGGGUAACAUAUUGGAGGCAAGUUUGCUCUCACCUAACAGAGGUUACUAUGGAGACCUUCACAAUAUGGGACACGUGUUUUUGUCCUUCAUUCACGAUCCAGAUGCAAGACACUUGGAAUCCAUUGGUGUAAUUGGAGAUACUUCUACUUCCAUGCGGGACCCAAUCUUCUAUCGUUGGCAUGCUUUUAUCGACUACAUAUUCCAGACAUUCAAGAACACCCUUCCUUCCUACAGUGCAACUCAACUCGAUUUUACUGGUGUGAGGGUGACAAACAUACAAAUAGACACGCCAAACUUCCCUACAAACCAAAUAAACACAAUUUGGCAACAAUCAGAUGUGGACUUGUCGAGAGGUUUGGAUUUUUCACCCAGAGAACCUGUCUUUGUGAGGUUCACCCACCUCAACCACAGGGAGUUUACGUACACCAUAACAGUGAACAACACCAGUGGAUCCAACAAAGAGGGAACGUGCAGGAUAUUCCUGGCACCGAAGUUCGACGAAAGAGGCAAUCCUUGGAGAUUCCGCGACCAGAAAAACAUGUUCAUCGAAUUAGACAAGUUUAAAGUGAACUUGAGACAGGGAACAAAUACAAUUAAUCGUAAAUCGACCGAGUCCUCAGUGACCAUUCCGUUUGAGAGGACUUUCAGAAACUUAGAUGAGAACAGACCGCAAGGUGGUGAUCAGCUGGCACAAUUCAACUUUUGCGGUUGCGGAUGGCCGCAGCAUAUGUUGGUGCCCAAGGGCGCACCUGAAGGAUUUGCCAGUCAAUUGUUCGUAAUGAUUUCCGACUAUUCCGGAGACCGUAUUGAUCAAUCGACGGAAGGUGUUUGUAACGACGCUGACAGUUAUUGUGGCAUCAAGGACAGACUUUAUCCAGAUCGUCGUUCCAUGGGUUAUCCUUUUGAUAGAUUGCCCCGACGUGGAGUCGAUUCCCUGGAGCAGUUUCUUACUGGGAACAUGCGAGUGCAAGAUGUCGCAAUCCGUUUCGAGAACCGGACUUUCCAACCCAGGGCGUUGUAAUUUGACAGCAAAAAAGAUGGACGGACUAAUUUAUGGAGAUUUGUUUUACGAAAAUGAUAUUGUCAAAUAGUUAUGA